GUGGCCUGCUGCUCCUUCUGCUUGGCUGCGAACACAUGGAGCAAGCCACAUCUCCUUCGGCUGGAUUUGCCCGAGAGAUGGUCUUUGCUGCGGGCUUUGCAGAUAUCUGGCAAAUACAAAGCCAUACCUCUUCUUCCUGGGACACCUGGCUGUCGCAGCUGGCGUGCUGUUCGCUUGA